AAAAUAGAUGAUGAUGACGAACAGUGUUUAGUUCUCGAAAUUCCAAAUGCCGAAGUGAAAGAGGCGAACUCUGGGUUCUUGGAUAGAGAGAGUCAAAAUUCUAUAAUCGAUUAUUGUAGGGCAUAUUCAUCGACCAUUAAUAGCAGUAAUGAAAG